AUGGGAGACAAGGGCGCUUACAUCCCACCCCUGAUCGGGUGGAUGUACGAUUUGGUCCUGUGGACCUUCUCUGUGCUCAUCGACUUAUUCUUCCGUGAAGUUCACCCCCGAGGAUCAUGGAAGAUCCCCCGACGCGGUCCCAUCAUCCUGGUGGCCGCUCCCCACGCGAACCAGUUUGUCGAUUCCUUGGUGUUGAUGCGCGUCAUCCGAAGUGAAGCGCACCGACGGAUCUCAUGGCUCAUCGCGGAGAAAUCAUUCCGCCGCAGGUUCAUCGGCUUCCUGGCGCGAGGCAUUGGCACACUACCAGUGGCCCGUGCUAUGGAUAACUUGAAGCCAGGAACCGGUACCAUCUAUCUCCCCGACCCGAUCAACGAGCCAACCUUGCUGCGAGGUGUCGGAACCAACUUUGAGGGUAAACCAUUUGAGAAGGACGGGACAAUCGCUUUGCCUACGGUCAACGGAACAUCACACAGUACAGCCAUUGCGGAGGUUCGAGGGCCAGAGGAGCUCGUGCUCAAGAAACCGUUCAAGCACAGGGAUGCCCUCGUCCAGCUGACGGGCCGACAAGACAUCGACAGCGAGGGCAACUUCACCGGAACUGCAUCGGAUAACUCGGAAUUCAAGGGAACCAAGUUCAAGGUUGCUCCGCAUGUUGAUCAGACAGCCGUCUACCAGGCAGUGUUCAAACGACUAGGCUCUGGAGGCUGCGUGGGUAUCUUCCCCGAGGGUGGAAGUCAUGACCGAACCACCCUACUUCCAUUGAAAGCUGGUGUGGCCCUGAUGGCACUGGGAACUCUCGCUGAGAAUCCGGACUGUGGCUUGAAGAUCGUCCCCUGUGGCAUGAACUACUUCCAUGCACACAAGUUCCGUUCCAGAGCCGUGAUUGAAUUCGGUACCCCGAUUGAUGUUCCCCCAGAAUUGGUCGAGCAGUUCAAGCAAGGUGAACGCCGCGAGUCCGUUGGCGCUUUACUGGAAAUCAUCUACGGAGGCCUCGUCUCGGUCACCGUAACUAGCCCCGAUUAUGAGACUCUGAUGGUCAUCCAAGCUGCACGUCGGUUGUACAACACCAAGGGCAAGAAGCUUCCUCUGCCCAUGGUCGUAGAGUUAAACCGCCGUCUCGUGAAAGGCUACGCCCACUUCAAAGAUGACUCUCGUAUUGUUGAUCUGCGCAGGGCAAUUGUGUCAUACAACAAGUCGUUACGAAUCCUGGGCAUUCGAGACCACCAAGUGGCCUACGCCAAGUUCUCCAUUGUGCAAGUGGUUGCUACCCUGAUCUACCGUCUCGGCAAGCUGGCACUUCUGGCAAUUGGAACACUCCCUGGUUUCUUGCUCUUCACGCCCGUGUUCAUCGCUACCAAACAUCUCUCGGCCAAAAAGUCCAAGGAAGCCCUGGCUGCUUCUACGGUGAAACUUCAGGGUCGCGAUGUCAUGGCAACCUGGAAACUUCUGAUUGCGCUCGCCUUUGCCCCAGCUCUCUACGCCUUCUACACUGCUGCCUUCACUUAUUGGACCUACUGGAACCGGGUCAAUGGCAUGGUUCCCGACUGGGUGCCGCUCUGGUCGGUGGUCAUGAUCGGCAUGGUCCUCUUCCCUACCAUAACCUUUGCUGCUUUACGAAUUGGUGAGGUUGGCAUGGAUAUCAUCAAGUCACUCCGCCCUCUCGUACUUUCUUUGAACCCAUCAUCAGCCAACACCCUCGUGAGACUCCGCGAGAAGCGCGCCGCCCUGGCCCAACAGGUGACUGAUGCGAUCAACACCAUGGGACCCGAGUUAUUCCCCGACUUCGAUGCCUCGCGUAUUGUCACAGAUCCUUUCCGCGAAGUCAGCAACGUCGAGGAAGAACCCGAACAUGGCCCUCCAGAGGUCAGGAGGUCCAGUGUAUCCGAGUCGAGCGAGAAGAUGCCCACUUCAGAGCCCUUGCCUCGCAACGAGUCCUUCCACAACCUAGCCAACAUUGGCUUCUUCUCCACGCGGCCUCCUAGUCGUAAUCGCAGCCGCAGCAGCUCUGCCAGCGCACGACCUGGAUCUCGACACGGGCUGAAGCCGCUGAGUUCGCUCACCCAGAAGGAUCCGCUGGAGGAUGUGAGCUCGCGGAUUCGUGAUGCUAUGAGAGAACGUGGAGAGCGCCGUCGUCGCCGAAGCGAGGACGGAAGCUGGGAUAUGGCCAGCUCUGGUCCUGGUACUCCCUCUAGCGAGGAGAACCGAAAAGAUCUUUGA